CGCGGCUUGAUGACGCCUGGAGGAGGAUGGCCGCCUCGCUGCUGCUGGACAGCGUCGCCGUGCUUCUCCGGCCCGGGGAUGGCGGCCCCCAGGGCGGCCUGGCCCAGCAGCACCUGGCCGACGUGGUCAGGCAGCUGAGGGGCCAGAGGCUGCUGCAGGCCGAGAAUUUGUCAGACCUUGGAGGCUUGAUUGGGAUCAGCAACUCCAACCUCCGUUCUGUGAAGACCAGGUUCGAAGGAGUUUGCCUGCUGGCUCUGCUAGUGGCCGACAGUCCCACAGAUACCUUCCAGGAUCAGUGCAUCUCAUGGCUGCGGGCAGUGCAGCAUAUUAUCCAGUCCCAGGAUCCCCAGACGACGAUGGAGAUGGCCAUCUGGGUGCUACGCGACCUGCUGAAGUACUCGUCUCAGCUCCCGGAACUGGCCCGCGAGGUGGCCAUGAAUCACAUCCCCACCAUUGUGACCUCCCUGCUGGGCCUGAAGCCUGAGUGUCAUGGGGCAGCGAUGGAUGGAAUGAAGGCAUGUAUGACCUUUUAUCCCAGAGCCUGUGGAUCUCUGCGGGGCAAACUGGCUGCUUAUUUCCUCAGUAAACUGGAUAACAUGAGUCCCCUUGUCCAGGAGCUGGCCUGCCAAUGCUAUGUGUUAUUGCCAGGCCUUGGCACCGGGUUCGCCCAGGGUACGAAGUACGCAGAAUCCUGGGCACAGCAGCUGCACUGCCUCCUCGCGACCCUGCAUGGCCUGGUGGAGCAGUUGUACGAAGGGGCAGAAACUGACCCGGUUCGUUACGAGGGACCCGGCGUUGAGCUGCCCCAGCCUGUGCUGUGUGAUGGCGACCCGUUCUACGUGCUGCGGCUGAGGCAGAGAUUCUCCACGCUGAGCAAGUGCCUCUCGCUGCUUCUCAGUUCGGAUUUCCCAGUGCCCGUGAAGCUGCCGGUACAGGAUGUCCUGAAUUUGGUUUGUCGGGUCUUGAACAUCAGCACCAAGAACAUGAGCUGGGUGGGUGAAGGUCCAUUGAAAAUGUUAGUCCUGCCGACAAUCCACUGUGAUGCCCUGGAGGUUCUGUCGGCGCUCAUCACCGUGUGCAGGAAGCAUUUGCUGCGAUUCGCUGACAUCAUCUGCAGGCUCUUCCCCCAAGUCCUGAGCACGUGGAGCACGUCCCGAGACACGUCCGCACCCGGACAGGAGAAAGCAUACAGCUCAGUGAGAGUCAAGACCUACGAGGUCCUGGGGACGUGGGUGAAGGUCUGUGGGGCUUCCUCGGGAGUUCUGCAAGGGGCAUUCCACCAUUCUGAAGUCUUAUUGGCUAACUUGAUCGCUGACAUCACUCCGGUAGUGGACACGGUGAAGCUGCGGGCGGGCAAGCCGGCGGGGGACGGGACCCAGCCGCUCAACUACGGCAAGCACAGCAACAAGAAGCAAAAGCUGAUGGACCUGAACGACGCCGUGGCGCUGACAGGCCACAAGAAGCAAGACCCAACCGCCAACAGCGACGUCUGCCUGGCGGCGCUGAAAGCCUGUAGCGAUGUGAUCCUGUCCUGUGGAAGCUUAUUGAAGGAGGAAACGCACAAGAAGCUCCACGAGCUGGUGCUGCCUCUCCUGAUCCGUCUGCAGCAGGGCGCCAGCGCAGUGAGCCCCUACCUCCGCCCGGACUGCCGGCGGGAACUCUACCGCCUCCUGCUCUUCCUGCUGCUGGUCCCCAGCUCAAAGUGGCCGCCGCCGCUGCACUGCGCCGUCAGGACCUUCAGCCAGGGCCAGAACGAUGGAGACACCGAGGUCUCAGCUUUUUGCUCGGAAGCACUGGUCAUCUGCAACUGCUUAAUACACCCUCGGGUGCCCUCUCUUCAAAUGCCCCUCAACACGUCCAGCCUAAUCGCGGCCGCCUUCAAACCGUCAGUGCCCGACUUGCAGGGCCCCAGCCGGCAGCCUCAGGUGCCCACGUUCCACCUGCCCGCUCCCCCGGCCCGGCCGCAAUCCGACCUGCCCCCGCCGCAGGGGCGCUUUGCCAACCUGCCGGCGCCCACCCGCUUCCCCCUGCCGCAGGCGCCCGCCGGCUCGGCGGAGAACCACGCCCCCGAGGAGGCGGGGCCCAUGGAGACCGAGGCCCCGGCGCCGCCGGACGACGACGAUGACGCCCUGUUCGGCAAUGGCGGCCACCGGCCGGUCUUCGUGCGCUACGACAAGGAGGAGGAGUCCGACGUCGAGAUCUCUCUGGAGAGCGACUCCGACGACAGCGUCAUGAUCGUGCCGGAGGGUCUUCUGCCCGAGCGCGGUGCCACGCCCGACGCCAAGAAGGAGGAGAUGGAGGAGAUCGAGAAGGUGGUGGUCACGUCGCCCUCUCAGAGCCAAGUGCCGACCGCGGCCCCCCCUGCCCAAGCCCAGGCUGCGGCUCCGGCGCCGGUUCCCUCGCCUCCCCAGCUGGCGGCCAGCGAAGAGCCGAAGCUGGAACCCCAGGAAGUGGACGAAGACCUAACCGUCAUCAAUAUCAACAGCAGCGAGGAUGAAGAAGGGGAGGAAUACCCAGAGGACGAGGACGACUAUUACGACGAGGAGGAGGAGGAGGACUACGAGGACGAGGAGGACUUCGAGGAAGGCGAAUUGGAGGACGAUGAGGAGGAGGAGGAGGAGGAAGAGGAGGACGAGGACGAGAUGGAUUACAAGGAGAUCGAUGAGCUGGAAGAGGAUGAGGAAGACGAGAUGUACGAGCACGACCAAGAGGGGAUGUCCGAGGAGGAAGAGCCUCCCCCGGAGCUGACGGUGCAGGUUGGCGAAAUCGGUGCGGUGGCACCCGCCCCGGCCGCGGACGAGGGUCCGACUGAAGCGAGGCAGCGGGGGUACGGCGCCCAGCAAGACCCGCACCCCCAGCAGGAGGGCGUGGCGGAGGAGGAGGAGGAGAAGGAGGAGGUGGGGGUGCCGCGGGAGGGACCCCCAGGCGCCCAGCCGGGGGGGCACGCCAGCGAGACCAAAGCGGAGGCGGGCAAGACGCGGGCGGAGCAGCCCGAUGCAGAGGCGGGGUUGACCGGGCCGCCACCGCCAACGCCGGCGGAGGAAGCGACGCCGCGGGCGGAGGCGGAGCUGCAAGGGGAGGAGGUGCGCCAGGAGGCGUCCAACUCCGCGUCGGAUGGGGACAACGCGGACGUGGCGGCGCCGGAAGGCAGGGCGGAGGGGGCUGUCGCCUCCGAUAAGGGCGACGCCCCUGGCGCGGACGAGCUGCCGGCGAAAGCCGAGGAUGGAAGCCCGGCCAAAAACGCCGAGGAAAUGGCGGAGGAAAGCCCAAGCGACCAACAGGGCAAGGAGGGAACGCCGACUGAGAAAGCUGCUGAGGCGGAGGACCAAGAUGACCAGACAGCGGCCAUGCUGGCGGACUUCGUGGACUGCCCACCGGACGAGGAGGAGGAGGAGGAGGCUCAGGAGGUGGCGGGAGCUGCGGUGGAACCGAGCACCAGCAGCUGAGUGCUGGGGAGGAGAUGGCAGAGGCAUCGACGGCUUUGGCAAUGCUGCUGGAGCGGGU